AGCACUCCUCCAAGAUGAAGCUGGUCCUCUGUUUUGUCCUCCUUCCUGUCCUCGUCCUCUCCUCGCCAUCUUUUAAGGGGCGCCUCCUGGAGCUGCUGGAGAAAAUGGAGAGGAGGCAGUUGGAGGACACGACACCUUAUAACGAGGGUACAACGUACCAGGUCGACACUACUGAACCUCCCAGCACAGAGUUUGACACGGAAAUGACAACUACAUACGACGUGGACACCUCAACAGUGGUCAACCCCGACGCGACAUCAGAUGCAAUUGAAGACGACAUGGCAACACCUGUAUAUGACAUGGCGUCGACAACAUUAACGCACGAAGACGCCAAAGAUAUGACAACUCCGUGUGCUUCCGAAAUGGCACCACGUGAAUAUGUUAGGCAAGCUACUGAAGGUGUGUGCAUGCUGCUGUCGUUCGUGAAAGGACAAGAACAGCUCAGGAAAGUAUUUGGUAAUAAUGGAGGUCCAUCUCUGAUGACUAGUCCAGAUGGGGGGCUACCGACUUUGCCUUACCCCAUGAAGAGGCUACUUAACCUAGAUGGUCCAAAGCCUGUACAGCCUGCUCCAAUGGGAGGGAAUCCAGACCGGUCCGCUCCAAAGGGAAUGCUACCUAAACAUCAUACUGACAAGUCUUUCCCCUGGGAAGAGGCUGAACAGAAGCUCCAGGACCUGUGUCAGCUCAUCAACAGCUACAGCUCUGAACCUCUGCAGCUGGCAGAGAAACUGGUGCAACAGAUGGGAGCUCACAUGGGCCGUUAG